AUGAAGCCAAUAGCCUUUAACGCCCAUUAUAUUCGUGUGGGAUAUCAGGGACGAAGCACGGCGAUCGCCAGAGUCGUCAUGGUUGAUGAGAAUUUGAAACUGGUGCAUGAUAUUUACAUCCGUCCAGAGGAAAAUAUCUUCGAAGUUCAGUCAUUCGAGGACGAUAGAAUCAUGAGAAAAGUGAAAAAUGGUAAGAAACCCUUGAAUUAGCAAUUUUUAUUAACGCUUUAUCGCAUUUUCCGAUAAAAUUUUGACAUUUUCGAUUAAAAUUAUAUUGUUUUAGGUCUGAACCCGCCGCAAGCCGCCGAUUUGAUCGCUCAGCACCUCAAAAACCAUCUGGUGGUUGGACAAGAAGUCCUGCAGACUCUGGAAGACCUUGGCAUUGUGUCUGUGUCGGAGUCGAGAAUCAGAGAUUUGAGAAAAUACCCGAAAAUCAACCUGCUUUACCCAGCUGGGUCAAUGUUGAAUAACGAUGCGACAAUACAACGAAUGGCUCGAGAGAUCUUGGGAGUCACGGUAAGGCGAAGUUUUUGUGGAUUUUUUGGGCAAAACUGAUAUUUUGAAGAAAAAAAUUUGAUAAAAAAUCUAAAUUUUGGAAUUUUUUGGCCAAAAAAUUUUGAUGUUCUUUGCAAACUAGAAAUAUUUUGAAAAGUUGGAACUGGGACGAUUGGGGAACCGAAAAGUAUUAUUUUUCUUCGAUGCAAGUGUCGAAUUAGGAUAAUCGAUGGUGCUGAUUUUGAAAAUGACAUUCAUUUUUUUACUUUUUCCUUAAGUAGUACGGUAAAGUAGUAAUUUUUUGAAUUUUUUCACAAAUACUCGAUUUGGGGGGUUUCGACCUUGCUGAUUUCGAAAAUCUUAUUAAUUUUUUCUGAUUUGAAAGCAGCACCAUCGAAAACCCCAAAUCGAGUAUUUAUGAAAAAAAAUCAAAAAAUUUGCCAUUUUACAGUACUACUUUAGGAAAAAGUUAAAAAAAUGAAUGUCAUUUUCGAAAUCAGCACCCUCGAUUAUCCUAAUUUUGAUACUUACAUCGAAGAAAAAUAAUACUUUUCGGUUUCCCCAAUCGCCCCAGUUCCAAUUUUUCAAAAAAUUUCGAGUUUGCAAAGAACAUCAAAAAUUUUUGGCCAAAAAAUUCCAAAAUUUAGAUUUUUUAUCAAAUUUUUCUCUUCAAAAUUUCAUUUUUGCCCCAAAAAAAAUCCACAAAAAUUUCACCUUACCAAAAUUUUUUAGUACGAACCCGGCUGCGACAGACUAGUGGAAGAUGCCACAAACAUGAUGAGAAUCUACAAUUUGGCCGCCGAUGGCUGGGAGUCGCAAAUCCGAUCAGAACAAUCCAUUUUUUCCUCAUGGGCACCCAAUUUUUCCCAAGGGCAACAGGAAAGAAGCAGUGAUUUUAGCUGGGGCGCCUUGUUUGCUGGCGCUGCAGCGCUUGGCGUGUCAAUGCUAGCUGCGCGAUACGCCCCAAAUCAGCGAAGAAACAGAGAAUGA